UUCUAUUCCAGGUGAAGAUGUGCUGCUGUUUUCAAAGAAGAUUCAACCUAUUCAAAUUAUUGUCUUCACACAAACAACUUAAUAAUUAAGCUGGUUUCCAGAAAUCAUUGGUACCAUGCACCAAAAAGCAACCUAAUUUCUUGGAUCAAAUUGUUCUCAGAUACAAGUCUUUCUAAACCAAAAUAAGAGUGUGUACUAAGACAUGGGGGACUCAAACAUCAGCCACAAGGUAGUAGCUUACACAGAGAUGCAGGAGAGUCUCCCAGCAGGCAAGUUGGAUCAUUACAUGGACAACUAUGAUAUGGACUAUGGCAUCCCUCCUGAUGAGAUCCCAGACACCACGCAGGGCCUGGCCUUCUUUGUGGCCACCAUUGUUAUCGGCGUGGUGCUUGUUUGCAUCAUGCUUGUCUGCGGGUUGGGGAACUUCAUCUUCAUUGCCACGCUGACACGCUACAAAAAGCUCCGCAACCUCACCAACCUGCUCAUUGCCAACCUGGCCAUUUCAGACUUCAUUGUGGCAGUGGUGUGCUGCCCUUUCCUGGUGGACUACUAUGUGGUGAAACAGCUUUCCUGGGAUCACGGAUUGGUGCUGUGUGCCUCUGUCAACUAUCUCCGGACCGUGUCCCUCUACGUGUCCACAAACGCAUUGCUUGCCAUUGCAGCUGACAGGUACAUGGCUAUAGUCUAUCCUCUGAGGCCUCGUAUGAAGUACCAAACUGCCUACUGUCUGAUAACAGGAGUCUGGAUUGUUCCCAUUCUGAUAUCUAUUCCCUCUGCUUACUUUGCCUCUGAGACCAUGUACCCUCAUGGCGGCACCACUCCCACCACUCACAAAGUCUUCUGCGCCCAGAUCUGGCCUGUGGACCAGCAGGCCUAUUACCGAUCCUACUUCCUGUUUGUUUUUGCCGUGGAGUUCGUCGGGCCUGUGAUCGUCAUGGCAAUCUGUUACGCCCAAAUUUCCCGCGAGCUCUGGUUUAAGAAUGUCCCAGGUUUCCAGACGGAGCAGAUUAGGAAGAGGUUGCGUUGUCGCCGUAAGACAGUGAUGGUCCUGAUUGGGAUCUUGACAGCGUACAUCCUGUGCUGGGCACCAUACUAUGGCUUCACCAUCCUGCGAGAUUUCCAUCCAACACUCAUCUCCCGCCAGAAGAACUCACUGGUUGCCUUCUACAUCAUUGAGUGCAUUGCCAUGAGCAACAGCAUGAUAAAUACCUUCUGCUUUGUAAGUGUCAAGAACAACACAGUGAAGUACCUGAAGAAGAUUGUACUGCUGCGCUGGAGGUCAACGUAUGCCCCUAGUAAGACUGUGGAUGAGAUGGAUAUGAGGACCGCCUCCAUGCCUGUAACAGAGGAGAUUGAAUGCAUUCAGCUGAGGUGAAGAGAAGAAAAUCACUAAUAAAACAGUCAAUUAGAUUUGAUUUGAUAGACACAAAUUACAUAGUUUACAGUGAUGAUUUUGUCAUGGGACAUUUCAGUCAUGUUUAAAUCACAUUCUGGAAAGAUUUCAAGCAUCAUGAAGCUCAAGGAAAGGCCAAACCCAAACCCAAACAGUACAUUGAUUAGUGGGGCGUCAUACUAUUGUUCAAAUUUUAUGAGUCAGCAGCACACCUAUCUUCUAUCUGAGAUGUUAUGAGAAUGUAAUUAUUGUGCAUACUGUGAUUAUGUGACUAUACACUGUGUUGUUGUGAAAUGUGGUAUUUGUAUAAGAUAUAUUACAUGGAACUUAUAAAUACUGUAACAGCUGCUACUGCCCUUAGUAAUCGACUACCCUUAGUACAUAAGGUUUAUCUUUGUAUUUUUUGUAUCUGUUCUGUUUGCAUUCAUUUUCAGUAAGGUCAAAUAACUAUACUUUUUUGGUUUUCUACUGCAUUUUCCUUUUUUACCACUAGGAAAUUCAGGAGUUUUCAGCAGAAAUGUCCUUUUGUGGAAUGUACAGUACUGAGAUGGUCAUUUGAAUGUCUUAAAACAAAGGAAUCUUGAUUAUUUGUCCUUGAAAAGAAU